UUGAAUCGGGGAAAAGAUCGCCAUCACAAACUAAUUGUUGGUGAUCUGCGGGUCGUUCUACCCUCAUCAGCUGGCUGCCUCUGGAGGAGGAGAGUUGUGAGAAAGCCAUGUUCGGCCAUGACCCAAAACAAUUGUCAUGUUGUCAGCACUACCUCGUGCCAACUCUUCAACAUCUGCGGCAAGGGGAAAGCACUUCACUUUGAGACUUUCAAAGUGUUUGUUGAGUUUGAGAGACCUCACUCGCACUCCCGAUCACAAUCAGCCGACACCCCCGUCCUGGAUGCUGUCCUUAUCGCACUCAAACGCCGACAAGAGAGGAACAAGCUUGCCCUCUAUAUUGACAAGUCCCCUCUCCCCUCUUCACAGAGGAACGAGGACGUCCCUGUAAUUAGAGCCGGGGCACUGAAGGAGAUGAAGCUCCCUGAUAGUGGCACUAAGCAGAUCGUCAUCACUGAGUACAUUGAUGCUGGCCACUUCUGGGCCCAGUUGGUCGACCAGGUUGCCACGACGAACAUGAGAUGGCUACUGGACAGUAUCAACACUCGUAGUCUGAAGCCGCUCCUUUGUCCUCCAGCCAAGAUGGAGGGCAUGUUCUGUCUUUCCCCUUUCUCUGAGGACGGGCUGUUUUAUCGGGCAAAGGUCGUUGGCAUGGAGGUCGUCGAGGAGACAAAUGAGGUGUAUGCCCAUGUGGUAUUUGUGGACUAUGGUAACGUGGAGAUGGUGAAUACUGGUGUACUGUGUGAGCUCUCCUCCAGUGACACAGAGCUCGAUAUGCAGGCCAUCGAGUGUUUCCUCACGUCCGUCAAACCCACCAUUCAGAGCUCAUCUGAUGGCAAGUGGUCAGCUGAGGCAAACGACAGGUUCAAGCAACUCACAAUGAGCAAAUAUCUCAUGAUUCAGGUGUACUCUCGUGUGGGGAAUUCCCUACGUGUCGACCUGUACGAUACUACAAGCCAGGAGGACAUCUUCAUCAACGAGGUGCUUGUGAAGGAAGGUCAUGCUGUCCACUGUGAGGAGCCCUACCCCUCGAAGUUUGCCCACGUUCAGACUCUAGCAGCUCAGGCGUCCGAGGCCUCGACCAGUGUGGGUGGUAGAGGAGGGAGGUACGAGUCCAGCACCACCAAGACCAUCCCCUGGGUGGAGGAGGACAGGACCAAGAAGUACCCCAGAGAAAGAAAGUUUGAGCUGAGAGGUCCUGACAGUAUGUACGAGGUGACCUUCCACCAGAUGACCAUUGCCGGGGGAUACCGACAGGCUCGCAUCGAGCGAGACUCAGUCAAUUGUAUCGUGGUCAACAGUGAACCACAGGACCGUCGUGACAGACUGAUGGUGGCAGGCUAUGUGGCGUUAAACCCCUCAGGCAAUACCUGCAUCGCUAGGCACACCACCCUCAUGCCCAACAUCCCUGCACUCCUCCACUUGGUCGCCAUUUUGUUUGCACCCUGUGUUGAGAUGAGAGCUAAUGAGUUGAAGCGUCAGUACACUGGGGCCAUAUGUGGGUUGGGUUUCGAUGUGGACACAGAUGAGAGCAUCUACAGUGAGCACGAUAUGGAGUUAACCUUUGACACCCUCAUCUCACAGGAUGACCUCAAAAUGGUGAACAACCUUCGUCUGGUAAUCAACCUCGCUGUAUGGGACGAGGAUGUUAUUGGAGAGUUGAAUGACACCAUGUUGCAGGAGGUCCAGACGAAAGCAAGGAACCUCAUUAAAGAGCUAAUUCUGAAGCCUCGUGACUCCAUCACACCGUACCAAGGAGUGAGUGCAGGCUGGAACAAAGUGAGGAGGAGGGAUAUACUCAGAGUGGAUACAGGGGAGACAGACGACUCCUCCCAUCCUCUCUUCCCCCUACACCUCGGCAUCAACAUCUCUGAGGAGAGGAUUGACCAGCAGAGGAGUGCUAGAGUACUGCUAUUGAGGGAGGCCAUCAAGGAACUACACAAGAAGACGUCAGAAGUGUUUGUUGAGUUUGAGAGACCUCACUCGCACUCCCGAUCACAAUCAGCUGACACCCCCGUCUUGGAUGCUGUCCUCAUCGCACUCAAACGCCGACAAGAGAGGAACAAGCUUGCCUUCUAUAUUGACGAGUCCCCUCUCCCCUCUUCACAGAGGAACGAGGACGUCCCUGUAAUUAGAGCCAGGGCACUGAAGGAGAUGAAGCUCCCUGAUAGUGGUAUUAAGCAGAUUGUCAUCACUGAGUACAUUGAUGCUGGCCACUUCUGGGCCCAGUUGGCCGACCAGGUUGCCACGACGAACAUGAGACGGCUACUGGACAGUAUCAACACUCGUAGUCUGAAGCCGCUCCUUUGUCCCCCAGCCAAGAUGGAGGGCAUGUUCUGUCUUGCCCCUUUCUCUGAGGACGGGCUGUUUUAUCGGGCAAAGGUCGUUGGCAUGGAGGUCGUCGAGGAGACAAAUGAGGUGUAUGCCCAUGUGGUAUUUGUGGACUACGGUAACGUGGAGAUGGUGAAUACUGGUGUACUGUGUGAGCUCUCCUCCAGUGACACAGAGCUCGAUAUGCAGGCCAUCGAGUGUUUCCUCACGUCCGUCAAACCCACCAUUCAGAGCUCAUCUGAUGGCAAGUGGUCAGCUGAGGCAAACGACAGGUUCAAGCAACUCACAAUGAGCAAAUACCUCAUGAUUCAGGUGAGUCUGGCUGUAUACAGCUACUGGCUGGGAUCUUAGCCUACCUUGUGUCUAAUUGUAGAAGCACAGUGAAGCACAGAGUGUGUGAGGAGAGAUUGUUCAGUGAUGACCUGCAGCUGGACUUAGCAGGGAGGAGCUCAGCAAACUAGAACUGAAAACAUGAACUUUAUUAUUUAACCUGUCCAAACUGUUGUUUCAUUUAUUCUCUUUCUCUCGUUCACAUAUAUAUUAUCAUACUCCCAAAUGAGAUUUUUUUUUUCACAACCAUUUAUCCUGCAAUUCAUGAUUCUUUAUUAUCCCUAUAAUUACUUAUUGAGA